AUGUCUGCGAGCGUGGGCGCAGGGGUUGGAACGCUUGGAAGGUCUCUCGGCGUCCGCUUGCCUGGCUCCAAGGAAUCGCGCAAUGAACUUGCUCUUUCCGCUGGUCCAGCUAAAUCUAGUGAACGACCCCUGGGUCUCGGACCUUCUGUGAUUAGUCGCACCUCUCAGUAUAAGAACCUUGAAGAGCAGUACAACAUCUUGAAGAGCAAGUACAUGUCUAACGUGGAUCGAGUUGCCGAAACUGUGCAGCUCAGCAACGAGUACAAGCAACUUGAGAAGAAGUAUGCUAAUGCAACACGAUCAGCCAGUGAGCUUGCGGCUGAAAACGAAGCUUUACGCGGAGAACUUUCGGAAACAAAGGGAGCUCUUGAUACGUACAAGGAGAAGCUGGCGGAAAUUUCUGUGCAACCUCCGCCAAUUCUGGACACUGACUUGUCCACUAAUCACUUAUAUUCGGACCAUAAUUUGGCUACUUCUGCCUCGAUGUCUGCUGCUGCCAAUGUCAUACCCCUUGCUGCGCCCUCUUAUGUAAGCCAGGAGGAGUACAACGAGAUGCUCAAGUCCCGAACAUCUCCCGCGUCUGUGGUUCCAUCUGUCCCGUUUGAGGCCUCUAAUGCAUCCGUGGAUAGCACAGCGCAAGUCUGCGAAGCACUUGAUAGCCUUCAAAAGGACAACAUUGAGCUUAGAACAGAUAUUAAGGAAACCCUCCUAGAGGUCACGGGAAACCUCCAGACAACCAUGGUUGACUUCAGAGAUCUUCGGUCGAAGUGCGAGGACAUGCGUGUAGUUUUGAAUCAGCGUGAAUUGCAUCUUCGGGAUUUGGUGCACACCUUGGAAGAUAGGGACAAAGAAAUAUCAAGGCUUCAGCGUGCUAUAGAGGCUGCAGAAAAGCACCGAACGCACCGCGAAGAGGAAAUACAACGCUUCACUACUGAGUGCGAAGAGGUGGCUAAACACAAUGAAGAAGUGAUGAAGGAGAAAACAGCGUUACUUUCAAAGCUCAAAGGUGAUAAUAUUGACCUUAAGGCGGAACUGCAUAUUAAAGCAGCUGAGCUGACUGAGCUCAAAGAUAAGUUAGUAGAUGCACAAAAGCAGUUAAGCUCUCAUGCUAGCGAGAACGCGUCGCUUCUUGCCAGGCUUGGCACAGUAAAAAACAAUGCAGAACGCCUCCUAUUGCAACGAGAUGAAGACGUUGAAAGACUGACAAAUGAGUUAACUAAGCUCAAAGAGGAACAUACACAGCACAUUGAGCAAAAGGACGAAGUGAUCUCGCGACUGACAGGCGAAUGUGAACGACUGAAGGUCGAGCUUGCACAUUUAGCAGCAGAAAAAGACACGGAACUAAGUCGGGUCAGCGCUGAUUUAGCAACUCUGCAGCAAACAUUUACCCAAUCAACACGAAAGAAAAACGAAGAGGCCACAAAGCUAGCUCAGGAUAUCGUUGAAAAUAAGCUGGAAGCUGCACAAGCGCUUGAAGAAAGAAACAAAAUAAUUACACAGUUGAAUGCUCGCAUUACAGAAUUAGAACUAGAACUAAAACAACGUCCGCUGGCCAGGGAAUAUACCACAGUUGAUAUGACAAUAACACAAAAACAGCGCCCACUGUCUGCAAUCGAUUCUAGAAAGACACACGAGGAUGAGGCAAAUUCUAUACGGUUCUCAAAGUCUGUGGCAGGAUCUUCAUCAAAUAAGCUUGUUGUUCCCAUCGAAUAUUUGGUCAUCUCUAAGCAGUAA